AUGGAAGCGGCGGCGGCGCCAUCUGUUUCGGUUGCCGGCGGUAGAGGGAGGGACGAGAAGACGCAGCCUAGGCCGGCGGCGGCGGCGGCGGCGUGCGACGUCGAGGCGCUGCGGAGGUGCCUUGAGGAGAACAAGGGCGACCGCGUCAAGUGCCAGGCGCCUUCCGCUCCUCCUGCUCCGCCGGCCCUAACACCAGCUCCAAGCUGCAGUCCUCCUAGAGAGGAGAGGACGGUGUCAGAUCGCCGCAAGGAUCGUCGGGCUUCUUCGGGAUCGAAACAGAUUUUCUUUUUCUCCCCAUACAAUGUAUUCUCAGUUGUGGCCUUUUGGUAG